AUGCGCUCUUUCGCUUUCCUCGCCGCCGCGGCCAUCGUGCCCCAGGCCAUGGCCCACUACGUCUUCCCUACCCUCAUCGUCAACGGUGAGCAGACGGAGCGUUACCAGUUCGUCCGCGAGGCCAAGAACUCCAACUCCCCCGUCGAGGACGUCCUCUCCGAGGGCAUCGUCUGCAACAAGGGCGGCAACGACGACGACGUCCUCGCCAAGACCGAGACCAAGGCCGUCAACGCCGGCGACGAGCUCGGCUUCAUCGUCGAAAACGACAUGGGCCACCCGGGCCCCCUCGCCGUCUACCUGUCCAAGGCCCCCUCGGCCGUCAACUCCUACAAGGGCGACGGCGACUGGUUCAAGAUCUACGAGCUGACCACCUCGGACAUCACCGACGCCGGCCUCCAGUGGGGCAGCUACGUCGGCAACGCCGGCAUCCACAACUUCACCUUCACCCUGCCCAAGGAGGUCCCCACCGGCGAGUACCUCCUCCGCGCCGAGCACGUCGGCCUCCACGGCGCCGGCUCCAAGGGCGGCGCCCAGUUCUACAUCGCCUGCGCUCAGAUCUCCGUCACCGGCGCCGCCUCCGGCACCCCCGAGCCCACCGUCAAGUUCCCCGGCGCCUACACCGGCGAGGAGCCCGGCCUGCUCAUCAACAUCUACUACCCCGCCCCCACGAGCUACACGCCCCCCGGCCCCGCCACCUGGCCCAACGCCUGCGAGGACCACACCGCCAACCUGCUCGGCCAGACCUCCGACGGCGACUGCACCGGCAGCGACGGCGCCACCACCCCGACCACCCCCACUACCCCCGUCACCAACCCGGCCCCCGCUCCCUCCGCCGGCAUCCCCGACUACAACGGCGGCAACAGCACCGCCCCGGCCACUCCCGUCUCCGGCAACGAGGCCACGCCCAGCAACGACGUUGAGGACGACUGCGAGAAGUCCGCCGCCCGCCGCCGCGCCCGCUCCAUGCGCCGCCGCGUCGCCCGCGCCGCCUUCUAA